AUGAGGCCCAUUCUAGUUGUUGUAGUGAUUUUGGUCACCGGGACCCAUUCCCAAGACACGUGUUUAGUUUCUGGAAGAUUCAGGUCGCUGGAUCCAACCUGCCGAAACUACUACCUUUGCGUCAAAAGCAAAGGUCUUUUCGUUUCGAGAAACUACGUUUGCCCAGAACCUUCCAUUUUCAACCCAUCGAGUGGUCGUUGUUCGGUGGACGCCCACUGCAUCGAUAACAUUUGCAGAUAUUUACCACCUUCCAUUACCAAAAUAGUGGACCCCAACGGACAUGACUGUAAGACCUACAUAGAAUGCGUCGGCCCUGAAGGUCAGCGUUAUCCGACUGUGAGAACAUGCGAAGUUGGAUACUUUAACAAGGAUCUGUUGCCAGAACCUGGUUGUUGUUUGACCAAAAAUUGUUGA